AUGGAGGCAAGACUUGUCAUGAUUGGUCUUGACGAUGCUGGCAAAACAGUACUAUUGUAUCGACUGAAAAUAGGUGAAAUUGUGACAACAAUUCCAACAAAUGGUUUCAAUGUUGAAAUGAUAGAACAUAAGAAUAUGAAGUUCACUAUUUGGGAUAUUGGUGGUAGUAGUAUGAUUCGUGCGCUGUGGCAUCAGUAUUAUCAAAACACUGAUGGUAUUGUUUUUGUUAUCGACAGUCACGAUCGUGGUCGUAUGGAUGACGUGUGCGAUGCAUUUCAAGUCGUACUUUCAAACGAAGAACUCAACACAGUGCCGUUACUUAUCUUUGCUAAUAAACAAGAUUUAUCCGAUGCAAUGAACACAAAUGAAAUCAAAAAUAAACUGAAACUACAUUCUAUAUCGGAUCGCAAAUGGCAUAUUCAAGCAGCAUGUGCAUGUGAUGGCAGUGGACUGUACGAAGGUCUCGACUGGCUGGCAGAUCAAAUGAAGAAAGAAUGA